UUCUCCGUGGAUGUUGGGUACUGACAUCCAGAAGCCCCCCAAGGGGAAAUGGCACACACCGCCCUUCGACCCUCGCUUCCCCAACCAAAACCAGACCCGUAACUGCUACCAGAACUUCUUGGACUACCACCGCUGCUUGAAGAGGAUGAACCGGCGCGGGAAGAGCACGCAGCCCUGCGAGUACUAUUUCCGCGUGUACCACUCGCUGUGCCCCAUCAGUUGGGUACAGCGCUGGAAUCAACAGAUCAAAGAGGGUACUUUUGCGGGCAAAAUCUGACUGCCCGAGCCCGGCUUCUGAGGGUCCAGCCCCAGCGACCCCAUUCCUCAAGUGUCCCAGCGACCGCGACCCGGCCCCCAUCUCUGAGUCACAAAUAAAGUGAUAAUGUUGCUAAUGUUUCUGUUUAAUGUCUCCCCAGGAUGGAUGAGGGAUUCUCUGUCUAGAGGGUCUCAGCGCACCCUGGGGCGAACCAGCAUGUUCUGGUAAUGGUCGGGGUUACUGCUCCAUCAGGCCUGGGGUGGGGGAAGGGGAGUCUUUCUGUGGUAGGAAUAAGUGAAGGUCCCUUUCCUGGUCCAGACAGACAGGGGACCACUUUUCCUGGCAGCCCCCUUCUGCUCCCAGGCUCCCCACCAAAUGGCUCCAGGGUUUUCCUGUCUUUCAAUCCCCACACCUACCUGUCUCUCAAGUCAUCUCCUCAUCCCCAUCCCCACCGCUCAGCUGCCUCCCCUUGAGCUUGGACCAUCCUCAGCCUCCCUCCUGGCUUACUCUUCUCCCCAUUCCUCAGUCCAUCCCUGUCUCUGACCCUGAGGGUUUUCUGUGCACCAAGACUGGGUCUUGGAUUCUCCAACCUGAAAGGGGAGGGUUGGAUUGGACAGUGUUAUGGGUUGAACUGUGUUCCCUGGUACCUGUGAACAUGACCUUGUUUGGAAAUAGGAUGUUUGAAGGUGUUGUCAGUUAACAUGAGUUCAUACUGGAGUAGGGUGGGCCCUAACCCUAUAUGAGUGGUGUCCUUAUAAAAGAGAAGAGCCAUAGAGGAAGGACAUCAUGUGAAGAUACAUCUACAAGCCAAGGAACACCUGGGGCUACCAGGAGCCAGAAGAGACAAGGUAGGUGUCUUGGUCAUCUAGUGCUGCUAUAACAGAAAUACCACAAGUGAAUGGCUUUACAAAGAGAAAUUUAUUCUCUCAUAGUCUAGUAGGCUACAAGUCCAAAUUCAGGGCAUCAGCUCCAAAAAACCAGUUGCUGUCGAGUCGAUUCCGACUCAUAGUGACCCUAAAGAACAGAGUAGAACUGUGGCUCUGGAGGAAGGUCCUUGUCAUCAAUCUUCCCUUGGUCUAGGAGCUUCUCCACACAGGAACCUCAGGUCCAAAGGACGCGCUCUGCUCCCUGCAUGCUUUCUUGGCGGUAUGAGGUCUCCCUGUCUCUCUGCUCUCUUGUCUUUUUUAUAUCUCAAAAGAGAUCGGCGUAAGACACUGUCUAAUUUUGUAGGUCUCAUCAAUAUAACUGCCACUAGUGCAUCUCAUUAACAUCAUAGCAAUAGCAUUUACAACACAUAGGGAAAUCACAUCAGAUGACAAAAUGGUAGACAAUCAUACAAUACUCAAAGUCAUGACCUAGCCAAGUUGACACAUAUUUUUUGAGGACAUAAUUCAAUCCAUGACAGUAGGAUUCUCUACUAGAGACCAGAGAGGGCGUGACGCUGCUGACCCCUGACUUCAGACUUCCAGCCUCCAGAGUGUGAAUUUCUGUUCUUGUAAACCAUCCAGCUUGUUAUUUUGUUACGGCAGCCACAGGACACUCAUAUGGUUUCUGCCUGUGUGCCAUGGGCUAUUUGUCACUGCCGGUAGUGGUGGUCUACCUGAGGCAGUCUCUUGGGGCACCGUUCAACCCUGGGGUCCAAAGAUGGUGGUG